AUGGAGCUGUCAUACAGGAUAAGCCUAACAGAUUUAAGCAAAUGUGCUCAGGGGAAAGAUCCUAUGUGGCUAAGAGACGACGUGAGCGAUCCCGGCGGGGCCGGGCCGUGGCCCCUGGGCCGGCUGAGCGCAAGAGCGGCAGAGGAGCCGCCACCCGGAGGGAGCGGUCUCGAUGCCCUGGACAGAGGGAGGCGCUUCCUGGCCCCGAUCCUUGGAGUAUGGUCCCCGGAGAGCCGCGCGCAGGAGGAGGCUCCCGAGCGGCCGAGACGGAGCGCCCGAAUGGAGUGGAGAUUGGAGGGGCGAAGGCACAGCUCAGACAGGUCUCUGUCUGCCAACAGGAGUUUGCCUACUCAAGAGGUGCAAUAUAGGGGUUUGUGGAGGGCCAUCACUCUGCUGUCCUUGUUUGCUGGGGCAGUUACUGCAACUCCACAGACUCAGCAUCACAACCAGACGUUGGGAGCAGCUUCCUAUGGAAAAGUGGGCACAGCCAGCCCGGCCUCUUUGGAGGAGAACAGCAAGGAGGCACCAUCUCUGGCUGCAUGGGGCCACUGGCAUGGAGACAACAUGACAUGGCAAGGGCUGAGUUCCUCAGAACUGCUCAGGGCUGAGCGGUCCCCCUCAGGUUCCAGUAGAGCCAAGAAAGGAUCCAACAAAGAGAGGCGUAGGAGCCGCAACCGCCACUGCCGCCUGCACAGUCUCACGGUGAAGGUGCGGGACCUGGGGCUUGGCUUUGAGUCCGAGGAGAUUGUACGGUUCAGCUACUGCAUCGGCUCAUGUGAGUCGGCCCGCACAAACUAUGACCUGACCCUGCAAAACCUGGUACAGCUAGAAGUCCUCAUGCGUGACAAACAUCUGUCUUCCAAUCCCUGCUGCCGCCCUGUCCGGUAUGAAGUUGUGUCCUUCAUGGAUGCACGUAAUGCCUGGCAUACUGUGGACAACCUCUCAGCAGCAGAAUGCAGGUGUGUGGGCUGAAGGUACUGCCUGGCUGCUUAGAGCUCACAGAGUCAGCUACAUUACGGGUGCUAAUGUCCAGAAUGCAGGGGUGCCCAAGAGUCUGCCCUGUCCAAAGGGCAUAGAAUAAGGAGAGGUGUGGUGCAUAAUGGGGCUUUUGAUGCCAGGCAGAAACUACAAGUGAAGUAUACAUAGGAGGGAAGUGUGGCUCCAUCUGCAUCCUUGUGGGACAUCCUUACAAGGCACCAGCAGUAAGAUGCUAACUUUGCAAGACUCUGGCCAGCUCAGCCCUAUGAUGGCUGAAGCCUUACUCUGGAUGGAUCUGUCUGCUUCAGGGCUUGGUCUGUCAACAGGGAUCUGAAUCUGCUCCACCCGCAAGCCUCCUCCAACAAAGAUGCACUGUUGGAAUUUCCCAAACCUCAUUUGAGGGAUGAGGGGUAGGAACAGUACCUGAGAGGCCUGUGGUGAAAGUGGGCUCCUUUUCGGAUAUCCUUCCACAUCACUGGUCCUUCCCCAGGUGAGCAGGCUCCUAACUAAUGUCAGUUAGCCCCAUCAGCUGCAAGGUCUGUGUUUCCAUCAUCACCAGCUCCCCUUUUAUUUAAGCUUACAGCUCUCUUUGCCCUAAAGCCUUGGCCCAGCACCAUCUGAUAUCAUUGGGCCUGGAAGACAUUUUUUCAGCCCUCUGUAGAAGCUCCAGGGUCAGCCUAGAAUUGUGAACCUCUGUGUUCAGGAAGUUGCCACCCUCUGCCAUUCCUGAGCUAGGAUGGCCAGCACACUGACCAAGGGCGGGUUUGGGUACUCUCCUGAUUUGGUUUUGGAACGGUGCCCCUUCUUGUGGAGCCUCUGGCCUGACUGGAGAGCUUGGCCUGAUGAGAAGAACAGACCCUUGACAGGAAGAAGUUGGGGGCCUAGACCAUGUGGAGCUGGCCACAAGGCACCUCUGGUGAAGCCUGUGUUCUCCAGGCAGUCUCAGCAUCUGCAGCUAGGUAAGGGGUUUGUUCCAUCAAGCCAACAACAGUGAUAGCAUUCUGAUUUACAGCAUUCCCUCACACACACACACACCACUGCCAGCAGCUUGGAGUUUGACCACUGGACCAGACAGACACUGGACACAGCAAGAGACCAUGCCAUACCCUGGUUCAGCCUUCACUUGGUGCCAGUAUAUGGGGGAGGACCUCUGUGGAUCAUCUCCUCCCUCCCCAGGAAGUGGACGCUCUCAGAACAAGGUUAUUUAUUUUCUAACUUAUUUAUUUAUUUGUUUGCACCCCUCUACACCCCCAGUGGCACUUAUUUAUGAUGCUGAGAGCAAGGCCUGGCGUACUGUUUCAAGUCAGUGCUGAUGUUAUGCCCUGAGCUUGUUAACAGCAAUUCCAAUUCCCCUUUCCCCACUUGGCCUGAGCAGAGGCAUUUCCUCUUCCUCUUUUCCUGAUUUUAUAUUCUCUACCCUUGAUUUACAUUUGGAUAAACUCUAU